CGCAGGUCGACCUAGCUGUUUAUGCCGCGCUGGUCGCGGCAAAGUUCGAAGAAAUGUUGCUGAGCAAUUUCUGCUCCGUGGCUGCGACCACUCUCAUUUUCUACGAUUACUUCCUCACAUUCUCGAGGGAGGUGCGGUGCAUAUGGGGUCGCAAAUUCUCGGGGGCGACCGUCAUCUUCAUGUUGAAUCGAUACCUGACACUGGUUUAUCGUGUUCUCAUGCUAGUAGACAUGCUACCGUGGCAAAGUCAGCCUCAAACGGUUGCAAACGAUGUUUGCAUUGGGGUGUUGCAUACAACACAAGCGCUUACCCUUGUCUCUCAGCUGAUCAUAACAGCGUUCACCUCUCUGCGCACGUAUGCAAUAUGGAACAAGGAUUGGCGAAUAUUUGGGCUGGUUUUCUUUCUGGGAAUUGUGCCAUGUGUCGUGAACAUAUAUUAUUACACCCUUCUCGACAUUGUCUCCGCACCUCCGCCUUUCCUGGGCUGCGGGGAAUACGUGAAUCUGAGUCCUUCUGCUGCUACAAUAGUGUCAGACAGUAUCGUCCUCAUACUCACAUGGCUGAAGACGGCGGAGAUACAGCGGUCAUUUACCGGGGCCAACCGUAAGGGUAACCUGGUAGCCCUCAUACAGCGGGAUGGAACUAUACUGAUCUUGAACGUGCUGAACCUGGUCGCAAUCAAGUUCCAGGCUUUUGGGUCAUUGCCUGCCAUUACCGAAGUACUCACAUCAAUCCUCAUCUCACGCUUCAUCUUGAACCUCCGCGGAAUCUUCCUUUCGCCAGGCGGAAGCAACGCGACAACAAGCACACUACGUAUGUCGCAAAUGUCCUCUUUGCAUUUCGCCAGCAGCAUUGCCGGCAACCUCGGCGCGCCUCUUGGGGACCUUGUGGAUGCGGAAGACCGGAUAGAUGACUCGUCGACCGCACGAGGUGAGGUUGCAUACGUCUCAGACGACCCGCUCGCGGCCGGGCUCCAUCCGGAGGAGGACGAAGAGAGCCUUGUGCCAACGGAAAGGAAUUUGAAAGACCUGUAUGAUAGCGAAGUGUAGAUCACCAGACGUUCUGAAGGUAGAUUCCAUGCAAUACCACGAAGUGUAGAAAUCACAAGGGGAGGGCAAACGCGUCGUAAUUAUUUCCA